CCAGUGUUGGACUCCCAACCAGACGCGAUGGUCCGAUAAAGUACGGCGCACAAGAGCUGCUGUUCUUCGCCGGUCGUGCCGACACAUGUUGCGCGUGGCCGCGCUGUGUGUGUGUUUGGCGGUGACCGCCUCCGUCGUUGCCCCUCGGGUCGAAGAUUGCGGAUUAAACAAUGGAGUGACGAGUUAUCGGCAGCCCAGGUUCGAAGGAUCGAAACCUAGGUUGGUUAACGGCAAGGAGACUACGAGAGGUGCCUGGCCUUGGCAGGUAUCUUUGCAGUUGUUACAUCCCGCUUUCGGUUUUGUCGGUCAUUGGUGUGCUGGAGUUUUAAUACGGCCUACUUGGGUUUUAACAGCGGCCCACUGUAUACGCAAUGAAAAAUUCAGCUUACCUUUGGCUGCUCUUUGGACGGCGGUUUUGGGCGACUGGAACCGAGACGUCGAAGAACAUACCGAAGAGCGUAUACCAAUCGACGAUAUAGUCAUGCACGAAAUGUUCCAUAAUUAUCAAAACGAUAUAGCAUUAAUGAAACUAUCUAGGUCGACAAAUGUUACCAAUAGUCAUGUACGGUGUUUAUGUUUACCGCCUUCAGCAAAUGAAACAGAAACGCCACUACCCAAUGUGUGCGUCACGACCGGCUGGGGCAAUGUCAAACAGAACGGUCCGUUGUCGGGCAAAUUAAGACAGAUCAAAGUGCCAGUGCACAACACCACUGUUUGCAAAGACAAAUACGGGCCAGCGGUUCCUAUAACGGAUGGUCAUUUGUGUGCCGGCCGGAUGGACGGAAAAGGAGGAGGUCCUUGUGUAGGAGAUUCCGGAGGACCAUUGCAGUGUUCGGGUCUAGACGGCCGGUGGUUUCUAGCUGGUUUGACAUCGUUCGGCUCAGGAUGUGCCAAGCCCGGAUAUCCUGAUGUUUACACUAGGCUGUCGUUUCAUUUGCCGUGGAUACUUAGACAAAUUAAAAUACACACUGAUCGAAAAAAUGAAAUUAAACAAAGCAUAAUUUCAAUUCGAACAAUGAGAUAAUGUUUUAAUACAAAUGAGUUAGUUAACGACAAAAAAAUAAUACAUAAAAUAAAAUUAAAAAAAUUGUGUGUUGACUAUUUUAUGGGUAAUAUAGUUAUAGUUUGGCCUUAACCCGUAGUCCAUACAAACGGUUCUAAACGUUCAUCGGGUGGCAAUUUGUUAUUUAACAGCUGCACAGAGUCUAGCGUUUGGUUUAAUAACAAAUGGCAAGCGUUGAGCUGUUUGUUCAUAUCCUUGAUGCUUUUGAACUGUUCGAUAACUUUGGAGUAAUGUUUGUAGUUUGCUGUGUGUAGAGACAAAAUUCGGGUUGUCUCUUCAUCGAGCUAAAAUACAAUUCAAAUUAAUAUAAUUUAUUCAUUCUGUUGGAUUUUUUAUACAUUUGAUUUAGAUACUUCUGAUAUUUUUCUGUUCAGUAAUGCCUGAUCUGAAGACACAGCUUUGGCGCAUAUAUUCAGGUGCGAUUGAUAUUUAAGACAAAGUCUAUAAAAUGACGUUGAGUCGACUCGCUCUAAUGCCUCUCUGUCUCUGGCUGCUGGUAAAGAUACUGUGCCUCGUAUUAUUGGUAAAAAGUUAGGCACUUGCUGAAAAACAAAUAAAAAUGUUUGAUAACUAUAUGAAAUUGAAUUUUUUGAAAUUUUGUUUUGCCAUUUAAAAUUUAAUUUAAUUUUAAAUUGAUUUUUUAAUUUUUAUUUUUUAUUAGCUUUUAAUACAAGAUAUUAUAACAGCUCAACAACCAACAUAGUGGUUGACAAUGACAAAAAUUUGAGCAACAAUAUUACAUAUAAUUAUCAAACAACCGACGGUUAUUGCCCACCGAGUCAAUUUUUAGUUCUCUACGUUGACACAACAUAAUUUUCAUUGAAAACGAUACUAAUAGCGCCCGUCCUGUAUUGACAUCCAGAACUGAAAAUUGUCUUGGUGGGCAAUCUAUAAUCAAUGAUAUAAUAUUAAGGUUAUCUUAUAUAAAUAAGAAAGCCAGCAGAAUGAAUAAAGGAUAUUAUUAAAGAUAUUACUUUGAUUGAGAUGGAGUUAAGGACGUUAUAGCAGAUGAAUGGGGAUAAAUUAAGCAGGAUAAUUUAUUGAAUAGAAUUCAUUAAUUUAUUACUAGCAAAGUACUUUAACUAUUUUCCUUGUAAUAAAAAUAUAUUUCAUUUGGUUAAAAAUUAAACAUGAGUUUAUGACUGUAGCCAUCGACUAACUUUGAGUCUGAAUAGAUCCUCGUCCAUGUCUUGGUCAUCUUGCACAGCAGCUCUCACAACUACAAUGUUGUGUUUAGGUGUGGCUUUAGUUGUUUUCUUAACAACACGCUUCGAUUCGACUUGUACGGAACGACCUCUGGUCAUUAUAUUGGGCUUCUUUGGCGAAUCUACAAGCAACGCAAAAUAUAACAUGACAUUGUAUAAAUUCUACAUACCGUUCACAUACCUCCAAUCGGUCUGUUAAUAGUGUACGACACAUAUGGCAAAUCGUUAUCGCUACAAACACUGUGGCCAGGUGAAGUGUUCGUGCUGGCUGCCUUGCUCUGCUGUCCGUCUUGCGAGUUACGCGGCCAAGAGCUUUCAGGCACCGACUUUCCUCGUUUUAAUUUCACAUUUUUCGACUUUGAUCCGUUUUCCGAAGCGUUUGAUUGUGAACUCUGUUCAGAGCCCAUUUUUUGAAUUAGAUAUAGCCGAUUAUAUCAAGAAAACUAACACAGAAUGUCAACUAAUUUUAUUUCAUUCUUUUGUUGUAUGAGUGUCUAAGUCCUUAGAGAAAACUUCAAAUUUCGUUUCAUGAAACGAGACGAGAAAAGACGGCUUUAAUAUUAUGAUUUUUUGUUGAUUUUUGUAAAA